GGGGACCAAUCAUAACGAUGUUUUCCGAACCUGUCGGAAGCAUACGGUCUGUGGUCGGAAGUAGGAAACUCGAUUUCUGGCUCGAGUACACGUGUCGACAAAGAUGUGACACCAACAUUGCAUGGCCAGUGCAAUGUCUGAAGCAGGAAUUUCUAAUGGGAGAAAACCCCAUAACAAUUCUUCAUGGGGACUUAUCAACGAAAGACAUUUUGCCAGUAAAACCAUGCUACUACAUGCUGUGGAGAAUUCCAAAGCAAGGAAGAGACUGCAAAGGAAAAAUAAAAUAACGAAUUUGAAAAGAAGGAAAAUAGAACACGACGAAGAAAAGCUGGACAUUGCUAGAGCAGUGAAAAAGAAAAAGUUGUGUUCAGAGCACACAGAUAAUCUAAAACAAGAAUCUGAAACAUCUACUUUGAACUCCGAAGAUUCAUGGAUGCAUGAAUCUAAUUUUGUACUGCCAUUAUCAUCUCCUGUAAAGGUUUCCCCGACGUCUGGUUUGAGGUAUACCCAAGUACCAAACCAGCAGCACACUUUAAAUAAAAGGCAUUUGCCUGCAGCUCUCGGAGAGUGUUGGGAGGUGGACAGUGGGUUCUCGUCCGAGGCUAGCCCUCCGGCAAGCGGACGCAGCUCACCCUACAACAGCUCGUGCCAGGGCAUGGUGGUUGCCAUGGACUGCGAAAUGGUGGGCACCGGGCCGGGUGGACGCUGUAGUGAACUGGCUCGCUGCAGCCUCUUGGAUUAUCAUGGCAACGUCAUUUACGACAAGUAUAUCCGCCCAUGCCAGCCAGUGACCGACUACAGGACUCGCUGGAGUGGUAUCCGGAAGCACCACCUCCAAAAUGCCUUACCCUUCUCUGAGGCAAGGGCAGAGAUACUUGAGAUAAUACAGGGGAAAGUCGUAGUUGGCCAUGCUCUCAAUAAUGACUUCCAGGCCCUGGACUUCAACCAUCCAUGUCACAUGAAGAGGGACACUAGCAGUACGCGCCUGCUCAGGCAAUUGGCUGGUUACCCCGUCAGACACUGCAUCUCAUUAAAAAUUCUGGCCAAUAAGCUACUAGACAGAGAAAUCCAGGUUGGUAGGAGGGGCCACUGCUCGGUGGAGGAUGCCCGGGCAGCCCUGGACCUGUACAAGCUAGUGGAGAAGGACUGGGAACAGAACUUUCCAGACAAGUUAAUGGACAAGGGUCCCUCUGGCCCCCUUGACCCUGCAAACUCCAGCCAAUACAUGCAGGACCAAUACUGGCCAGAGAACCUGGUUGAGGAUAGCCAGUGAGAGGAGUGGGAGGGGUAAGAUUAGAAAGAUUUUGGUGUGACCUCGAGGAUUGGAGAAAUGCAAGUAAAUGGAACACCUAAUUUACACAGAUGGAUGAGUUGUAAUUGAAUGGUGUCCUUCUCCGGUCUGACAGUGUGGAAAUCUCAGACAAACAUAAACAUAUUUAAACCACAGUUCUAGCAUUUUAUUAUGUGCCAAUCCUACUACUGCUGCUCUUUAUGGCAAGUUAUGGUCUCAUUCAAUAAAAAACUUUACUCAGUAUCCCACAUACAUUAGUAGAUUAGUACGAUUGAUUUGACAACAUUUGUUCUUGAAGUGAGUCAUUGUGAAGCAAAAACAAUGCCCGGCCUUGUAUCUAGCUGAGAUGACGUGUGGGACAGGUAAUCUGGUAAAAGUGUUUUACUGAAAUACAUUUGAAAAAGUGUAGUCUUUGGAAUAAAAUGGGUUUUAAGUCUGUUACUGUUGUCGUAACUAGUUAAAAACAAAAAAACAGCAUACUAUGUUGUGUGUUUUAAUGGCUGUUUGCAAUGCAGUUUCAUUUAGAA